UCGAGGUUUAGAGCACGCCAAUGAACUCGCUACUCGCUGAGUGUAGCUGCCAUCUUUGGCUUUUCCUUUUUGAAAAAUAAAGCAAAUUGGAUUCGUAUUGCUGUUUAUAAAAUUAUAAGUUAUAAAAUUAAUGAUUAAAAGUAACAUUAUUGUGUGUAUAUUAAGUUGUAUUGCAGCUAUUGCUUGAAAUAAAAGGAUGGGUGUAAUUUACAGCUUACACAACGCUGUCAAAACUAAACUUGAAAAUGUUAUGUGAAGUAUUAGCGGAAACAACAAUUUAUCGUACUAACAUUUUUAAUCUUCCAAGUUGAAAGAUGGAAUCUUCAGACUUUAUAAGCACUAGUGAUAAUGUUGUAGAGAACGAACCAGCACAACAAGAUAUAAGUGUUGGCAGAACGUGUCCGAACAUCGGAGACAUGGAUGUUCAAGUGGAGAGCUACAUUAAUGAGAGUAUUAAUAUAAACAAUAAUAAUGCCGAUAAAUUUCGCUGGAAGCGUUUGAGUAACCCAUCUGGACCACAACCACGCCCACGACACGGACAUCGUGCCAUCAAUAUAAAGGAGUUGAUGGUCGUUUUUGGAGGUGGGAAUGAAGGCAUAGUAGAUGAACUUCAUGUUUAUAACUCUGUUACUAAUCAAUGGUUUGUACCCGCAAUGCGUGGUGAAGUACCACCUGGCUGCGCCGCAUAUGGGUUUGUUGUUGUCGGCACACGGAUGUUUGUCUUCGGUGGUAUGAUUGAGUAUGGUAAAUAUUCUAAUGAACUAUAUGAACUUCAAGCAACUAAAUGGGAAUGGCGUAAAAUGCACCCCGAAUUGCCAGAUAGUGGACCAGCGCCCUGUCCGCGCUUAGGUCAUAGUUUCACUUUGGUCGGUGAUCGCAUAUUUCUCUUUGGUGGUCUUGCCAACGAAUCUGAUGACCCCAAAAACAACAUUCCUAAAUAUUUAAACGAUUUAUACAUUUUGGAAAGUCGUGGCGUACACAGUCAUAACGGCAAGUGGAUUAUGCCUAAAACUUAUGGUGAAAGUCCACCUCCACGAGAGUCGCAUACCGGCGUAGCUUUCACUAGCAAAAAUACAAAUAAACUAAAUUUAUUGAUAUAUGGUGGAAUGAGUGGUUGUCGUUUGGGUGAUUUAUGGCUUUUGGAUGUUGAAUCUAUGAUUUGGUCUAAACCUCGAACACGUGGGCAUGCACCAUUGCCAAGGUCUCUGCAUAGUGCUACAAUGAUCUGUAAUAAAAUGUACGUUUUUGGGGGAUGGGUGCCUUUGCUUAUAAACGAUUCAAAAACUACAACUGAACGCGAAUGGAAAUGCACAAACACGCUUGCUGUUUUAGAUUUAGAUUCAAUGAUAUGGGAAAACGUAACCGUCGAUUCCGUAGAUGAAGACGUACCAAGAGCUAGAGCUGGCCAUUGUGCAGUGGGCAUCCAAAGCCGCUUAUAUGUAUGGUCUGGCCGGGACGGGUAUCGUAAAGCGUGGAACAACCAGGUCAGGGUUUGUUGUAAAGAUCUUUGGUACAUGGAAGCAACUAAACCGCUAUAUGCAGUCAAAGUUGGUUUGGUACGUGCAUCUACCCAUGCGCUAGAGCUCUGUUGGUCCGUUACUACAUUUGCUACCUCAUAUGAGCUGCAAAUACAGAAAAUUGAGCCAGCAGCAGUUGCCGCCAGAGUUGUAACACCAUCGAUUGCUCCUAGUGCCUCAACUGCGACAGUACCGGUUUCUACGAAUCAAGCACCUGUAAACGGGUUAACAAGCUCAUUAUUGCCACCAACUAAGCAUCAGAAGAUACAUAACACGUCUUUUCCUUCAGUUGGUUUGCAGCAAUCUACUGCUAAGGCAUCUAGCAAAUCUAAUAUACAACAACAGAUGCAGUCGCAACAACAUGUCCAACAGCAGCAAACUCACUUGCAGGGUACGACUAUUUACAUAGCUCAACAACAAACUUCUAAACCUCAACAACAACUUGGCCAAAUCUGUACGAAAGUUGCAGCAUCAACUCCUACUCUUGUGGAUAAUGCGAUAGUGACAACUCGGGCAUUAAACGCUUCAACGCCUUCAAUAGGGAACUCCUGCGCCACGCCUAAUGUUGGAAACAGUGGUCUUAUAUCUGCAACCAUAGUAAAUGUGUCACAGCAACAACCAGCUGUUUCAAUAAUGAAUACCAGUAACAUAACUACUAUACUCCAAAAAUUUCGACCGAAUACAAUUGUGUCUCGAACUGCAGCUAUUACAACACCAGUCAAUAGUGCAGCGACUACUGUAUCUUCUACGCAGGUAAAUUCAGGACGUACCAAUUUACGGGUUGUAAAUGCUGCGUCUUCUGCUUCUGUAACUACAACAGUUCAAACCAAUUCUCUACGAAUUGUUUCUGGAAAUUCAUGUCAAAGUCUGCGUUUAGCCACAACACAAGCUACAGUUAAUGCAACUUCUAUUGCAAAAACUUCGCAAAAUACUGGCUCUGCAAUAACGGGGCAGAUACAAGGUUGUUCCGUCGCAAAUACGGGGACAACAAUCGCUACUGCUACUACAAUUGGCGGUAAGCAGUAUAUAUUACAAAAGCCGUUAACUUUAGGUACGAACGUGCAAUUUCAGUUAGUAAAAACUAACACGGGCGGUGUCGCUGUGCAAACAUUGCCAAAAAUUAAUUUGAAUAUAUCUAAAAAUCCCGGAACUACAGGAGCUAUAACCGUUGUUAAUCAGCAACCAUCAGUGGAAACUCAAAUAGUCACAGCAUCACAAGUGGUUGCUAGUAGCGUAGCUGCUCAAUCUCAGCAACAAUUCAUCGCUGCUGUAGGCGGUUCUUCUAAUGCUAGUUGUAUCACAACAAUAGCUGGAUCUGUAUCCAGUGGACAGCAAAAGCCAUUGGUUUCUGGUAAUCUUGUGAAAUUGGUGACACCGCACACAGUUAGUGGGGGGAAAUUGAUAAUGAAAAAUUCGAAUAUACUGCAGGUAGGAAAGGUGUCUUCGAAUGUUGGCGGUAAACCAGCAUUUGUUAUAACAAAUAAACAAGGACAACAGUUAACAAAUCAACAGAUUAUAAUUGUAACAACUGGAGCCGGCUUGCGAACUAUACCCGCAUCAGGUAUUGUCACUCAAGCUAGCGCUUGUAAUAUUGUUUCCAUAGUGGGUUCCACAUCUACUACAGCUUCAGCAACUAAAAAUGUUCUUUCGACCCAAGGUGGUGUUAAAAUGGUACGUGGAGUCACUAGCGCUGCAGGGCGCUCAAUCACGCUCACAUUGCCUUCGACAGUUACGCAGUUGUCUCAGCAAAAUGCUACCAGUCAACAGCCUCAACAAAAAAUAAAUGUGCAGCCAGGAUGUAUGCAACAAAAAACUAUUACGUUGGGCGGUAAAGCAGUAACCGUACAAAUGGCUGCAACUCCUAACAUGAGUGGGCUAGGAAAAACAGUUACAAUUGUUGGAUCUAGCUCUGGGCAUACCCAACAUCAGACAAUUAUUACUAGCGGAAUCGCUGGCAACACAGGUAGCAAAUUAGUAAUGCUACCAGCGAAUACAAACAUAAUUAACAAAAAGGGAUUCGUAAAUAUUUUAAACACCAAUGCAGUAAGUAAUAGCGGUGGAAAAGUAAUUCAACGAGCGAUUACCUUAACUUCUAAGAAUCUAGCUGGCGGAACGAGUUCACAAGUCGGAUUUGCGACCCAAACUAAUAGUAACGGUACCAAUGAAGCCGUUGUUACUAUGGCGGCCUUGGCAGACUCAAAUUUUAGUGAAGGGGACACAAUGGACGAUAUUAUCGAACAGCUAGAUGGAUCGACAGAUUUGUUUCGUCGAAAUUAAAUUGAAUGGGAAGAAGAUGAUGAUUUUAAAUGUCAACAAGAGUAAUAAAUAUAACAAAACAGAACGGGGCGACACUUUUGCACAAUUUGGCGUAGACUAUGCGUUUGAACCGUAUUCGAAAAGACCGGAAAAUCAUGUUUCUAGAUUUGUUAACAUUAAAAGAAAAACUAAUUUUGAAGAUAGCCGUAAAUCGAACUAUGAUGAUAAAUCUUUUGCAUUACAGCCGAAAACUUCCAAUGUGUUAUCAAUUUCUAUUGAAGGUGCUGGUGGUUUAACCAAUACAAAUUGUGCUGAUAACUCAUUUAAGUGAGUUUGUAAUAAAUACAUCAUGAGAAAGAGAUGAGCGGUGAACUGCAUUUUUUCUGCUACAACUACGCAGUUACAAUUACGAUAAAGCAAUAAGAUAUAAAAUUAUUUAUAUAUAUAUAUAUAUAUAUUAAUACUUCCUAACUAUAAAUAUUUAUUCAAGGUUUUAAAAUGUUUAGUUAUGGCUCUUCUAUUUAUUAUUGUAUUGCUAUUAUUUAAAAAGUUUGUUGCAGAAAUUUUUUUUGUAUCAUUUAUAUAUUAUUGCAUCAGAUUAAAAUUUUCGCUAUAUAGUUGAAGAAAUAUUUCACCAGUGUCAAAAAGAAAAAAAUAAAUAAUGCCGCUGCGAAUAUCUCUAUAAAGUAGCUCUGAUCAACUGACAAUUAUAUAAUUCAUUUAAGAUAAGUCCGAACAUUUGAUCGAGUUGUUUUUUUUUUGUUAAGGAAAUUUAAGUACUUAGAUAAUUUAAACGUUGGAUUAAAAACAUACAAAAACUUCCAUUUUUUUGUAAAAAAUUUAACCACAAUAUAUUCCACGUCUAAAGCCGACGUUAUUUAAAUUAUUGCGGGAAAAGGUCAUCCAUUAAAAAAAGAAUGUCAUCAUUGUGUUGGGAAAAUAUUCUGAGAUGAUUAUACCGACUUACUAUAAGAUUAUUUUUUUAGUCUAAAAAUAAGCAUAUUUUUCCGGUUGAUUCAGGCUAAGAAGAAAAAAAAUAAGGAUUAUGAACGUUUGUCAUCAUUGUGGCUGAAUAUUUAUUUAGCGUCGUGGAACGUUUCUAGUAUACACUUAUAUACAUUUUUUUAUUAAAUUAAAUAUACAACUUUUUUAACUAACUGGAAUGUAAAUAUACAUAUCUAUAUACAAUCUUAAUACUGUCUUAAAUUAUUUAGUCCUCUUUUGUGUGCAUAUGGUAUGACUACGGUUUUUGUUAACAGCUGCAGUAAAAUUUAAACGUCUAAUUCAUUGUUUGUAUAAAUAAUAAAUCAUGUCUUACGUAUUUUGUUAGUAUAGUAAUAUUAUAAGAUAUAAUAUAAAUAUGUAAAAAUAUGAAGGCAAAUAAAUAAA